AUGUCGCGUCCCGGCGUCCCAGCUAUCCAAAGACGCACAUCCGAAAUUGCUCAGACCCUGUUGCGGGAAAACAAGACUCACACGCCAGUGUCGACUGCGGAUAUUGGUACAAAGAGGAAGAUCAUAUGCUUCUCUGAUUUCGAUGGCACCAUUUUCAUGCAAGACACCGGUCAUAUCCUCUUCAACAACUUUGGUUGCGGCUCGGAGAAGCGCGAAAUGCUGGACAAGCAGCUGGCCUCAGGCGAAAGAACCUUUCGUGACGUCUCCGAGGAGAUGUGGGGGUCGCUCAACAUCCCCUUCGACGACGGCUUCGAGCUAAUGAAGGGCGCGUUGGAGAUCGACAAGGACUUCAAGGCGUUCCACGACUUCUGUCUUAACAACAAGAUCCCUUUCAACGUCAUCUCGGCCGGGUUGAAACCGGUUCUUAAGCGGGUACUGGAUCACUUCAUUGGUGCGGAGGCUGCUGCGAACAUUGACAUCGUCGCCAACGACGCGACCAUCUCAAAGGAUGGCAAGUGGGUGCCGGUGUGGCGUCACGACUCGGAACUGGGCCAUGACAAGGCCAAGUCAAUCCAGACGUACCGCGAAGGCGCGCAGCUAGAGAGCGAGGACGGGACGAUCCCGCUCAUCAUCUUCAUCGGCGACGGCGUCUCGGAUUUGCCCGCCGCGAGAGAGGCAGACUGCCUCUUUGCGCGGCGAGGUCUGCGGUUGGAGGAGUACUGCCAGGAGAACAACAUCGACUACACGCCCUUCGACACCUUUGCCGACAUCCAGAGCGAGCUGAUCCGCAUCGCCCGCAUCGACGAGGAGAAGACGGGCGGCGAGGGCCUGCCCGUGACCUUCAACCCGCGUGCGAACAUGUGGCGCCGUGUAUCCAGCACAACUUCAGUGCCUCAGGCAAUAGUGGCCAUGACGCCCGGCGACGAGAGGAUGUAUGCUUGGCCGGAGCACUUCACCGAGCAGACGCCUGCCGGGCCUAAUCCUGCUGUGACGGCGCACUGA